AUGCUGCUGGGGAGAUUGCGUGGAACUGCCCUGGCAGAUCAAGAGGACUGCAGGUCGUGGGGUGCAACAAGGGGUGCUUGGGACUUGGCAGAUGGCGCUCCGGUCACGCCAUCCGGAGAACCAGAGGUUCUGGAGAUCGUCGUGGAGCCGCGGCGCUGGCGUCGCCGUGGAGCAACACGGCGGAGGCGGCAGGCCCCGGUCAGGGAGCGUUGUCGUCCAGAUGGCUCCUGCCUUUGCUGCACCUGUGGUUUGCUGACCUUGGUGGUCUUCGCGGUCUUGGCGCGGCAGCUGAUGAGUAAAGGCCUGGAAGACGCCACGGGGUGGCGGUUGCGUGGUUCCAAUGACACUGGGUGGUCUGGGAACCUGUCGGAGAAUGGCAGCACUAUUUACCAGAACUUCAGCAGUGGCACCUCUGGCGGCUUUGCGCAUGGUGACUCCCUCUCCACGCAUCAGGAAGAGGAUCUGGAUCCUCCGGAGGGCCACGCGGCUUCGCUGGACUCAUCUCGUGCACCGCCAUGGAAUGAGACGGACGAUGUGGAUUGGUGGAACACUUCAGACCAGAACGCUUCCAAUGACACGGAUGGAGAGAAUCUGAGUGCGGAUGAAUCUGAGGCUGCAAUGGAACUGAUUCUCCAGAUGAACAGCUCUGAAGGGAACCUCACGGAGAUCCAAGGUUACUCCAACGUCACCCUGACAACUCUAGUGACCACCCACUUUCUCGCUGAAGCCAACACCACUGGCCCUGCCGGUCGAAGCACCACAAGGACAAGCACCACAAGAUAUGUGGCCGAUGAAAUCAUGAUGAAUUCCACCACUGUGUCAAGCAGCACCACCCUGUCCUGGUCGUUUGCAGUCACCAACCCAGCAGAGAACCUCUCGACCAGCGCCACUGAAACCACCGGGUGGCAAGCAACUACCAUUAGCAGCAGGAAGGGGGCAACAACAACCACCACCACCACCACCACCAUCACCACCACCGCCGCCACCACCGCCGCCACCAUCACUACCACCAGCAGAAACACAAAUUCAAGCAGCAGCACCACAAGCACUACGACGAGCGCCAUGAGCACCACCAGUGCGGUCAGCAACACUAGCACCGCCACUCUCACCACUCCUACCAGCAACACCAGCACUACUGCCAGUGCCAGCACAAGCACCACCACAACCACAACCACCACAACCACCACAACCACCACAACCACCACAAUCAUCACCAGCACCGCCAGCACCACCAGCACCGUCAGCACCGUCAGCAGCGUUAGCAGCACCAUCACCGCCAGCACCACCAGCAUCACCAGCCUGACCAGCACUACAAGCACUGGCACGACCAGCACUAGCAGCACGACCAGCAGGAUAAGCAGCACAAGCACAGCAACUGGAACCACCCACACCGACACCCUUACCACAACUGCGACAGCACGGUUUCGGCACGUGGACUUCCAUUUUCAAGCAUCAGGCCCUUUAGCUGCGAUGCCCAACUGCUACCUGGCUCCUUUGGUGGAGAAACCCGGCUGCCGGCGAAUCUUCGUAGAGGAAGGUCCGCAGUUUGGUUUGAACGACUUGGGGCAAGAGACCACCGCGCGAAGGCUAUGCUUGGAACGUGCCCGAGAGGAGCUGGGCAAUAGCUGGGUCUUCCGACUGCAACGCUGCGAAGUGUGGAACUGCACGUCGUUGAAGGCGCUUCGAAGGUCAGCAGAUUCUGGACCCCCAGAUGAUGGUGUUUUGCUACAAGACCCGCGUGGUCGAAUUCUGGCUACCGGCAAAGAGCAUGAAGUGGUGGUGGAGGACCACUACGUGGCAUCUUUGGCGCUCGUGCUAGAGCCGCAUUCGCCGCACGCGAGUCGCUUGCGCAGUUCCGACGGCCACUACGUCACUGCGGAAGGCGCUCGGGGUUCCCUGGAAGCUAGUGGCAAUCGGGAAACUGGGGUGCUGUUCAACAUCACAAAGGAAGACGGUGGCUGGGUGUCACUGCGCCAUCCUUCGGGUGGGCGCUUGCGUUGCAACGGCCGCUGCACGCUGGGCGAUGCCGAAGGUGACCAACUGUUCAGACUGGUGCCCAGUGAAGUUCUACGAGAAUCCUGGAGUGCCAACACUGGCGAUGGGCGGGCUUGGGUGCACAGCCAACUGUGCAACUACCAGGAGCCCUAUGGCGGUGAGGGAGGCCGUCAGCGGCGGAGUGCAAGCUAUGUGAAGCUCUGGGAAUGGAACUAUGCCGAUGUUCAACAGGAAUGUCGGGAUGUCCUGGGCCCCGCUGGAGUAGAUGCAGUGCAGCUGUCACCGGUCACGGAGCACAUCUUGGGACACCAGUGGUGGGUCAGGUACCAACCGAUCAGUGCUUCCUUGAACUCUUGCAGCGGGUCAGCUGAGCAGCUUAGAGAAGCCGUUGCGGAGUGUCGCAAAGCAGGGGUCGAGGUCGUCGUGGACGUGGUCUUAAACCACAUGGCGCGGCCCUGCUCGGCAGCACAGGGCGCCCCCCGGGGCACGCCUUGUGUUGGAUGGAAUGGAACCUCUUACGGCAAUCGGCGGACUGCAGGUGCUCGUGGCUGGGAUAUGGCCUCACCGCAGCAUUUCCACCACGGCGACAAAGAAAUUUGGGGCGAAUGUGGCGUUGGUCCAGACACAGGCUUUCUGUGUGGCUCACCUGUCACCACGGACUGCAGUUGCUGCCCCUGCGAUAUGUAUGGCUUGCCAGACUGGAACCUCGCGGUGAAGGCCGUGCAGGAAUCGCACACCAGGCACUUAGAAGAGUUGCAUCACAUGGGUGUAACAAUGCUCCGUAUUGACGCGGCCCUGUACAUGGAGCCAGAGUUGAUGUCCAGCAUUCUGAACCGCUUCCCAUGGGAUGUUGUGUACCAGGAAUGGUGGCAUGAGCUUCCCUUGCCGGGUCGCACCGAUGUCUUUGGCUUGUACCGAGAUCUGAAGUUCAUGCGUCGUGUGAGCGAAUUCUUGGCUGUGCAGGACAUCUCAAGGACCCAGGAGGUCUUAGACGUGGACCGCGGAGAUUUCUACAUCCACCCCGUGGAAGCGGUCUAUCCAACCUGCUUUCAUGAUGGUCGCAGUGACGGAGCGGAUCCUGCGAUACCAACCUUCAAGAACGGCUUGGCGUUUCACCAGCAGCAGCUCUUUCUGUUAGCCUCGCCCUUUCCCGUCACCGUGGUACUCUGGGGCGGCUAUGCCUGGCGUAGUAUCGACGAUGGCCCGCCCGGCUGCGAAGGCGGCCAGAGCCAUUGUGCCGCCACGUCGCCGCACUCAGAGGGAUGUCGGGCCACGCCCACUUUGUCACCGUCGCCACCAUUGGAGGAGUUCACAGCACGGCCCUGGAUCUGCGAACACAGGUGGCAAGGCGUCGCCGGCUUGUUGCGCUUCCGCGCCAGUUGCCGCCACGCCGAGACGCGGCGAUGGACGCCAGGUGGUCCCGAGCAUCUGCGUCUGGGCCACCUGGCCUUUCGUUUGGGCAGCCGAUGCUUUGUGGCUCUGGCGCGAGGCUCUGAUUGGUGGCUGGCGGAUCGCCCCCUCGACACUGGUUUGCCUAUGGGUCGCUACUGCGACCUUGCUUCCUUCGAUGGAAGGACCUGCCAUCGCGAGGUCGUGCUGGGCCCUGAGGGCCGAGUGCUGAAAGGAGGAGUUGCGGCGGGACACCUCCUUGCCAUUAGUGCGGCAGUCAUGCAGCCGUAA